AUGGCUUCGACACCAUCAAAGAGCUCCAGGAGCUCGAAGGAGGCUUAUAGCGAAGUGGCAAUUGGGCCGUACACGAGACUGGAUCAUAUUGGAAAAGGCAGCUUUGCCACUGUAUACCGUGGUGUUCAGACGAAAUCACGAACGUUUGUCGCUAUAAAGUCGGUAAACCUGGGAAAGCUCAACAGAAAGCUCAAAGACAACCUAGCGAUGGAGAUUGAUAUCCUCAAAUACCUUCUCCACCCGCACAUCGUCGCACUGCUCGACUGUCUUGAGACAAAUUCACACAUUCAUUUGAUAAUGGAAUACUGUGCUUUAGGCGAUUUGUCACAGUUCAUCAAACGAAGGGACAGUCUCAAAGACCAUAGCUAUACCCGGCAUAUGAUAUCAAAGUAUCCGAACGUCUCUGGUGGAGCCUUAAACGAGGUGAUCGUCCGUCAUUUCCUGAAGCAGCUGGCAAGCGCCCUAAGGUUCCUUCGUGAUAAGAACCUUAUUCACCGCGAUAUCAAGCCUCAAAAUCUUUUGCUCUGCCCGGCGCCAAAACCCGCGCCAACGCAGUCAGAAGCCGAGCCACAGAUAGUCCCGCUCAAAGGCAGUGAAACGUCGUUUACGCCGGCGGUGGGCUUAGAAACGCUGCCAUUGCUCAAGUUAGCUGAUUUCGGUUUCGCACGAUCCCUCCCUGCCACGUCUCUCGCAGAGACAUUAUGUGGUUCUCCUUUAUAUAUGGCCCCUGAGAUUCUACGGUACGAGAAGUAUGAUGCCAAGGCGGACUUAUGGUCCGUUGGCACUGUGCUAUACGAAAUGGUCGUGGGAAAACCGCCAUUUAGGGCAACAAAUCAUGUUGAAUUGCUUCGAAAGAUCGAGACUGCAAGAGACCGAAUCAAGUUUCCAGAAGAGAAUCCUGCCUCAGAUGAUAUUAAGGCACUAGUCCGUGGCCUUCUAAAAUUCAAUCCGGUGGUGCGAAUGACAUUUGCAGAUUUCUUUGAGAAUGACAUUAUUACGGGUCCUAUACCUGGCCUAGCAGCCGAAGAUGUACCUAUUCCCGAUCGCCCACCGUCACCAGAGGUCAUUCCUACCGAGUCUGCAGAGCCUCAAUCUGUUUCUGACACUAUCUAUCCCCGGAAUAAUGACGCUGAACCAAAAGAAGACCGUUAUCCGCCGCCCCAUCGAUAUGUACCUCACAAUGACAGGCCGCAAACGCCCACAAGCUCUUCACCUAUGCGAAGGACCAGGAGUGGCGACAGACCUUCCUCCGCGAAGCAGAUACCUCCAGCUGCUGCCCCACCGCGGCCGGAGGCAGUUUCCCAUGCCACAGCUCCAGGACGUCAGGAGCUUAUAGGUCGCCAUUCUUCAGAACAACAGGCCCCUGGUACCGUGCCGGUGUACAAAAACGUAGACAAGUUAAAGGAAGAACGUGAACUAGCUGCACAAGAAGUCGCGUUCGAGCGAGACUACGUUGUUGUGGAGAAGCGCGCAGUCGAAGUUAAUGCUUUUGCAGAUCAAUUGGCAUAUGACCCAAGGUUCCACGGUAAACAAACUGGUGCUCUUCCUCGAAGGCAAACAACACCAGCUCUUCCAACGACGCAGGCAUCAUCGCAAAAUUCUCCAAGAAAAGCAGUCCAGGUAGUAUCAGGCCGGUCCCGAGCGGACUCGGCUCACAACCGGCAUGCCUCCUACGAGCGGCGCUACGGCCAAAGCCCUACGUCUGCGACCUCAGCAAUUUCCAAGGCUCUCAACAUGGCAAGUGGGCGAUUAUUCGGCGUGGGAUUCUCUCCGCCGUUGAAUAUCGCCAAAGGGGGGCGAUCGCCUCCUUUGGCUUACAAUCCGUUCCCUGCCUAUCCAACCGGCCAUGCCGGUUUAUUGACCAUGGGAGAUGGUGCUAGAGCCCAAGCCAGCCCGGACGAGGAUACACGGACUGUCAAAGAGCUCGAAGAGUGCGCCACCCGCAGUGACGUUGUAUAUGGUUUCGCCGAGGUGAAAUACAAACAGCUUAUACCGCUAGCACCGUCCUCUCAAAGCUAUAAUAGUCCGAAUGCGCCGGGCACUAAUUUCGAGGAAGGCGAACUUACACCUGACGCCGCCGUGACCCUCUCGGAGGAGGCCUUGGUACUCUACGUCAAGGCAUUGUCUCUACUUGCCAAGUCGAUGGACAUUGCGGGCGCCUGGUGGAUGCGCAAAAAUCGAGCCGAAGCCCUGGGUGAAUCUAGUUUUAGUCGACUGGAACCCGUCUCGAUUCGGAUCAAUAAGGUUGUGCAAUGGGUCCGCAGCCGAUUCAACGAGGUGCUCGAAAAGGCUGAGUUUGUUCGGCUCAAAUUGCUUGAAGCGCAGAGACGACUGCCGACAGAUCAUCCAUCCCACCCCAACAACCUCUCGCUCGAGUCAGCCGGUUCAGGCACCUCGGUGGACGUCAUGGUGAGCCCUGGUGUGACGGCUGAGAAGCUGAUGUACGAUCGCGCGUUGGAGAUGAGCCGGGCGGCGGCGAUCAAUGAGCUCACGAGUGAAGAUCUCCCUGGCUGUGAGAUUGCUUAUGUGACUGCCAUUAGGAUGCUGGAGGCUGUUUUGGAGACAGACGAAGUGCAGCCGUCAGGGAAGGGCACUGACAAGGUUACACUGGACGGCGUGCAGGGCGAGGAGCGUGAGGUCUUGUUGAAGUUGGUGUCUAAGAUACGCAUGCGGUUGGCAACUUUGCGACAGAAGCUGGCUGUCUUGGCCAAGCGACAAACUCCGCCGUCGAGCGGAAAAAUGAUCCCCUCGAACCUAGCACAUGCCACGCCUGCCACGCCUGCCACGGGGAUGGCUACUCCUCGAUGA